UAUCACCACAUCAAGCACCACACUAGGUCUGCUGCCUCCUCUCCUGCACUACAGUAUCACACUGGCGAGAGGGAGAGAAAGGGGAUGAGAGAUAGAGAUAGAGGGAGAGAGCGAGAGAGAGACAGAGUGUAUGAGAGAGAGAGCGUGUGAGGGUAAAAGAAGGAGGUAGACAUCGGAGGAGAGAAAGAGAGAGGUGUGAGGAAGACAGAGAGAGAGAGAGACAGUUGAGGGGAAGCGUAGGGAGGAGGAAGAGAGCAAAAAGAAAGGAAGGAAAAGGAGAGAAGGAGGCUAAAGGAAGACAGGAUGGCAGAGCCAGAGCUGAAAUCACAGAGCAGCCUGGAGAGCUUGAAGAAGGCAGCCGAGGGCCAGGAGAAGAUGGAGGCUGAGGCGGUUCCCGACAACCCAGACAAGCCUCCUUCACCGGACAAGCAUCCAUCCAAGCCUCCGUCCCAAUCCACCAUUACCGACACAGGCACCGUGGCAGCCACCACCCCUAUUGCAGAUGCCUCCUCCCCAGCCAAGGCAGCGGGCGGCAAGAUCGAGCUGAAGCGCAGUAUCACGCUCUUCAAUGGCGUGGGCAUGAUCAUCGGCACCAUCAUCGGCUCGGGCAUCUUCAUCACGCCCACAGGGGUGGUAAAGGAGGCUGGCUCGGCCGGUCUGUCGCUCGUGGUGUGGGCGGUGUGCGGUGUGGUGUCCACCAUGGGCGCCCUGUGCUACGCCGAGCUGGGCACCACCAUCACCAAGUCGGGUGGAGACUACACCUACAUCCUGGAGGUGUACGGCGAGCUGGCCGCCUUCCUCAAGCUGUGGGUGGAGAUGCUGAUCAUCAGGCCGUCCUCCCAGUACGUGGUGUCGCUGGUGUUCGCCACCUACCUGCUCAAGCCCCUCUACCCAAACUGCAGUGUGCCCGACAGCGCCGCCAAGCUCAUCGCUUGCCUCUGCCUCACAUCAUUGACCUUUGUGAACUGCAUCAGCGUGCGGGCUGCCACCAAGGUCCAGGACUUGUUCACUGCGUCAAAGCUCCUGGCCCUGAUCAUAAUCAUCGUUUUCGGUUUCAUUCAGAUCGGUACAGGUGAUGUGCCAUACCUGACACCAGAACUGGCGUUUGAAGGCAGCAAAUGGGGAGUCGACAACAUUGUGUUGGCUCUAUACAGUGGACUCUUUGCUUUUGGUGGCUGGAAUUACCUGAAUUACGUGACAGAGGAAAUGAUCAAUCCAGAGAGAAACCUGCCACUGUCCAUCAUUAUCUCCAUGCCCAUUGUGACUGUGGUGUACGUACUGACCAAUCUGGCCUACUUCACCACUAUCCCCCCGAGUGUGAUGGUUGAGUCCGAGGCAGUAGCUGUGAUCUUUGGGGAGUACCAUCUUGGUGUGAUGUCCUGGCUCAUCCCUGUCUUUGUGGGGCUGUCCUGCUUCGGAGCGGUCAACGGAAGCCUGUUCACCUCGGCACGGCUGUUUUAUGCUGGCGCUCGAGAGGGUCAGCUCCCUGCUGCACUGGGAUUGGUCCACACUGACCUCUUCACUCCAGUGCCCUCCCUCAUUUUCACGUGUUUCCUGUCCAUGCUGUAUGCCUUGUCCAAGGACAUCUUCUCGGUCAUCAACCUGUUCAGCUUCUUCACCUGGCUGUGUGUGGGCAUGGCCAUUGCCGGCUUGCUGUGGCUCCGCUGGACCAAGCCAGAGCUCAGGAGACCCAUCAAGAUUUGGUUGGUGGUCCCUGUGGUGUUUGUGCUGGGCUGUGUCUUUAUGAUCGUGGUGUCCUUCUGGGCAGCUCCCUUUGAGUGCCUGAUAGGCAGCGGGAUCAUCCUCACUGGUAUCCCCGCCUAUCUCCUGGGGUACAAGUGGAAGAAGCCCCACGUUGUAAAGAAGAUCUUAGAGAUCUUUACUCUGUUCUGCCAGAAGAUUUUUAUGUCUGUUCCAGAAGAGCGGGAAGAGAAGGAAUCAGUCGAAGUAGCUGAAGAAGUCGAAACAACAAAGGAAGACUGAGUCAAUCUAUUAGUUGAAACAUUACAUGUUUACACUCAUUAUUGCUUUUGUGACAGAGUUCCAUGACUCUUGGUAAAGUAGGGUUUAUACAUAUAGGGUUUAUAUGUAUGCUUCAGUGUACAUAUUUUUGUAUUUUACAUGCAUUUCCAUACUUCAAACAUCCUCACAUUUUAUCUUACCUAACCUUUUGUAUUUUUUUUUUUAACCUAUUUUGUUAUUCAGUAUUCAAUAGACCUGGAUUAAGCUAACAAAAAGAGGAGUCAGGAAACAGACAAAAGAGUCAUAUUUUCAUCAAGUUUUGGUAUGCUCUUCAGACAAUCAUCCAAAUCUAGAUAACUACACUAGCGGUCAAAAGUUUUAGAACACCUACUCAUUCAAGGGAUUUUUCUUUGUUUUUACUAUUUUCUACAUUGUAGAAUAAUAGUGAAGACAUCAAAACUAUGAAAUAACAUGGAAUCCCAUAGUAACCAAAAAAGUGUUAAACAAAUCAAAAUAUAUUUUAUAUUUGAGAUUCUUCAAAUAGCCACCCUUUGCAAUGAUAAAAGCUUUGCAAAACGCUUGGCAUUCUCUCAACCAGCUUUCCCAACAGUCUUGAAGGAGUUCCCACAUAUGCUGAGCACUUGUUGGCUUCUUUUCCUUCACUCUGCGGUCCAACUCAUCCCAAACCAUCUCAAUUUGGUUGAAGUCGGGGGAUUGUGAAGUUCAGGUCAUCUGAUGCAGCACUCCAUCACUCUCCUUCUUGGUAAAAUAGCCAUUAAACAACCUGGAGGUGUGUUGGGUAAUUGUCCUGUUGAAAAACAAAUGAUAGUCCCACUAAGCCCAAACCAGAUGGGAUGGCGUAUCGUUGCAGAAUGCUGUGGUAGCCAUGCUGGUUUAGUGUGAAUUCGAAAUAAAUCACAGACAGUGUCACCAGCAAAGCACCCCCACACCAUAACACCUCCUCCUCCAUGCUUUAUGGUGGGAAAUACACAUGCAGAGAUCAUCUCAAAAAUCAUCUCAAUCUCAAAAAUAACAUUUAUUUUGAUUUGUUAAAUGCUUUUUUGGUUACUACAUGUUUCCUUUGUGUUAUUUCAUAGUUUUGAUGUCUUCACUGUUAAAAUACAAUGUAGAAAAUAGUAAAACAUUAAGAAUAACCCUUGAAUGAGUAUGUGUUCUAAAACUGUUGUAGUAGUGUAUAUAUUUAACUUUUGAUUUGUAUUAUUUAUUAACCCCACUUUAACUGAAGGUAUGUAUUUAACUCAGUGUAUUUGAAUGAACUAUCUAGUGCUCACUUAAUGUGAUUGAACAAUGGCCACCAUCUAUGAGAAACACAUCAAUUGAUUCAGGUAACUCAUACAGCACAUUCUGUCCCUUGAUUUUGGAGUGUGAUGUCCUUUAUGUAAUGUUAACAUGAUUUAUUUGUGCACUGUAUUGCUACAACCAGUUUAAAAUUCGAUGUUUGGAACACAUAGUAAUUUGCCAUACUCAAAUUCACUUUGAAACAUUUUCAAAUUGAAUCGACAGAGCACUAUUUGAAGCACAUUAGUGGAUUUCUUCCGUGUUGUAUUCUGAUGUGUUGCCUUAAGGUUAUUGUUACACAGGUCAGUUGCUUGUAUUGAUACUCAAUGCCCUGUUACUUCUCAGUUCCUGUGUCAAACCAUGCCUUCAUGAUAUUGUUGUAAGCAUUGUUUUAUGUUAUUCGAUACAAGCAGUUGUGAAUAUGGCAUCAAGCCAGUCAACCAACUUCUUGUGUCUCAACUUUCUACCAUACAUUUUUAACCAUUGUAUUCGGUGAAGACAUUUGUAUCAAUGUUUUGUAUUGUUUGUACUCAUCAGAUACCAUGCCAGAUGUCUGAUGUCCACAUUGAGCUAGCAUGACUAUUUCGCAACGGAUGUAUAUCUUUGUCAUGUCAGUCCAGAAUUAAUGUUGUGAGCAUUGUAAGUGGAUAUUGGAGGGUCUUUUCUCUUUUGAAGGAGCGAUUGCUGUAAGCGCAGCUGUCCCUACCCCAGUCCAAACCUUGUCUCACCAGUUCAAGCCAAAAUACAAAAAAACACACAAAAAAUACCUAAAUGAAAUUCUGGAGGGCAUUCAGCACAAAAUAUUAGCACAAACAUGUACAUUUUACUGAAUUAUGGACACGAUUAAGUAUAGAAUGUUAACUGCUCCUAUUAUUAUAAAAUAUAAUUUCCCCCAUUUGAUUAUUGAGUGGAUAGGAAAGUAGGCGCAAUAGGUCAAGAGCACGGUAAGUCACUGGAGUUACAGAAAGUACAAACUGUGAAGAAGCUCGACAGGCACAGAGGGAAUAGAGUUUACAGGAAAAUAAUUAACGAAUCGGACCCGGAAGAGUUUACAGAUAGAGUAAAUAAUGAAGUAUAAGGAAUAGGGAAGUUUAAAUAGAUUACUGAUAUAUCAGUGUCUUGUCAGAGUAUAUUCAUGACUGGCGGCAUGAGGGAGAAACUCUUGGGGCACCUUCCAAAAUUUUGUGGCCUAAAAUGUAUCGCACAACACAGUUCAGGUGUGUACAAAGUCUUGCGUAUUAUGUACUAUAAAGUCUUUAAUUGUAUUUAAUGUUAUGGUAAAAUACUUAUUUGUUAUUUGAAUUGGAAGAAACAAUUGUAUCGCUGUCAGCUAUUGUAACUUAUAUGUCAGUGACCAUAGCGGGUACAUCUACCAUUAAACUAUUUUUGUUCAAAUGGUCUGUGUCUUUGAGGUGAAAUUAAGAAACACAUUUUUGUUCACACAUUUCAUGUUUUACUCACUGGCAUAGCACACGCCCCACAGGGGAACUCAGAAGCCCCGUGAAAAAAAUGUGUGUAGAACAGCAAGAAAUUAGCUCAGCGACUCUUGAUCAUCCGGACAAUCCUUUUCAAGCAGUAAAACUUCAUUUCUAUACAUACAUUUAUUUUUAUUUUGUUGCAUUAUUUGAGCAUAGCAUUUACAUUUAGGGGAAUUUUAUACGGAAAAUAUUAGUUCUGGGAAUUUUCUAAAUACUUUC